AUGUUAAAACGACCAAUAUUGAUAUUAGCAUCAACCAUUUAUUUUCAUUCUUACAUAAGCUUAAUGAUGAUUAUAGGUAACUUAGUUAUACUUAUCGGCAUUAUAUUUUACAAAAUAAAUCCAACAAUUGUAUUGUUUAUGUUACGUAUAAAAUUAUACAUUAUUAUUAUUGUAAGUUUCAUUUUGAUAUGUAGUAUAACAGUUAUACACAUAGUUCCCUUAGUAUCUUAUGCCCAUCGUAACGGUUCAUUACGUAUUGAUACUGUCCAAACAAAUAAAGAUUUUCCAUUGUUCUACUUUAAAUUCACUGAUGCAAAUGACAAUUUCGGAGAUAAAUUGUCACACGUUCUCAUAAAAGCAAUUGUUAACUUUAAUGUUACAGUCAUCACAGAUGAUGCACACAAGUUGAUCUGUGACAAGCCAAAAUUAUUAGCAAUUGGUAGUAUAAUUCAUUUUGCAUGUCCGAAUGAUGUUAUAUGGGGUUCUGGUCUCAUAAGUCCUUCAGCUUUUAUUUCUCAUUGGAAAUCUAUGCCAAAUCUUACAUUUGAUAUAAGAGCUGUCCGUGGUCCGAGAACGAGAAGCAUUCUAAUGUCAGAGCUUAACCUGACUGUGCCAGCAAUUUAUGGUGAUCCAGCAUUGUUGUUACCUUAUUAUUUAAUAUCGUUUAAGAAAUCUACAAAACCAGUAAUUCGAAGACUUCUCAUACUACAUUAUACAGAUGCUGAUAAACAGACUAUCACAUCUGGAUUAAAUCAAGUAGUAACAGUUCAUGUGUUGUUACCGUGGAACGAAUUGUUGAGUUUAAUUGUCCAAAGUGAAUUAGUAAUAUCAACAUCAUUACACGGAAUUAUUGUAGCAGAAGCUUUUGGAGUACCUGCUAGAUUAUUAAAAUCACCCCUUCUCGAUCUAUUCAAAUUUCAUGAUUACUAUGAAGGUACGAAUAGAACUCUUCGAUAUGCAGCUACAAUUGAUGAAGCUAUAAAAAUGGGAGGGGAAAGCCCACCAAAUAUUAAUCUGACACUAUUGAGAAAUGCUUUUCCAUUUGACAAAUUUAAAGCUGAAUAA